AUGACCAGGAAACUCCAAAACCAAACCCAGAAUGAUGGGAAGAGCAGGAAAAGGACUCUGAAGCCAGUUGUGGAAAAGAAGAGAAGAGAUCGAAUAAAUCAAAGUCUAGCUGAACUGAGGCAUCUGCUGAUGAAUGCCACAUCUGAUCCACGGCUGCAGAAUCCAAAAAUAGAGAAAGCAGAGAUUCUGGACUUGGCUGUUGACUAUCUCCAAAAGUGGACUGAUAAAAAGGGCCCGAGCAAUGACUCAUUGGAUACUCAUGCUCCUUUGGCAGACAGUGGCCACUCGGAGUCCAAUGCUCCUCCUCUCUUUAGCACAGAGAGUGCAGGUUUUCAGCAGUGUGUGGCCCAGCUGACCAGCUACAUGCACAGAAUAACACCGGCACAGAGAACAAGCCUGAUUGAGGGGCUUAAACAUCACGCAGAGGGUCUGCAGCUGAAACCAGACUUCAACCAGCACGCAGCAUCUGUGGAUACCAUUUGCUCAUCCGACUCCAAAGAAGAUCCUCCCGUUUUGCUUUUCCCGUCUUUUUCCCCAUUUCAGCCUCUCACUUGUUCCACGCCAUGCCAUGACUACCUGAGCCCUCCUCCUUCUCCCUGGUUCUCCCCUUCUUUCUCCAUGUAUGCCACGUCUUCUUUUGCGUCAUUUGCCUCUCACUUCUCCUUCCCCCCCAGCCUUUCACCUCCAUCUUCCAACACCUCCUUCUUUAGCUUCUCACCCACAGUUCCUCACUCCAGCCUCUCCCCUCUCACCACAAUGAGACCCCCCUCAAACCUUCUACACAGGGAAGUGUUGGCACCAAACUCUUCCCCACCCAUUUGGAGGCCUUGGUUUUGA